AACGGAUUAAUCCAUCCAUUAAGGAAAAACGCAAACAAACCCUUACUUACGACUUAAUAGAAAACGCAUUCUUUCUCCAAAUCAAUCAAUUUCUGAAACCCCAAAUCUUCCCUCAUACCAAGACCUCCCAAAAAAAAACCCAAAUUCUUUUCCAUUUUCUGAAAAAAAGCUGAAGAAAAUUUGAUCGAUGAAUACGUCCCAGUUCAUGGACAAGCAAAUAAUGGACUUAACAUCAUCAUCUUCACCACCCCAAAGUACCAACAAAGAUUUCAUCGAUCUGAUGAAUCACCCGCAAAACGAAGAUGAUCACAAUCAUGGCUCUGGGUUUAGCACUGGUAAUAACGGGAUUAGUAACAAGGAAGAGAUCUUUCCCAGCUAUGAUUUCCAACCAAUCAGACCCGUUUCAACAAGCCUUGAUGGCGCUGGAGUUAAUAGUAAUCCCGGGUCUUGGGGUUUGAUUGAUUCUAAAACUAAGAAUUAUGGUUCUCUUGACUCCAUUGAACCUGCAAAAGUCAUUGUAGAAAAGGACCGAAAUGCUUUUGACACGUCAAUUUUGGCUGAGAUUGAUCAGACCAUGAAGAAACAUACUGAUAAUUUGAUGCACGUGUUAGAAGGUGUUAGUGCGCGACUGACACAGAUGGAGAGUAGAAGCCGUCACCUUGAGAUUUCUGUGGAUGAUUUGAAGGUGUCCGUAGGAAACAAUCAUGGAAGCACUGAUGGAAAAAUGAGACAGCUGGAGAAUAUUUUAAAAGAGGUGCAGACAGGGGUGCACGUUUUAAAAGAAAAGCAAGAGAUAAUUGAAGCUCAGUUACAGCUUGCAAAGCUGCAGGUGACCAAGGGAGACCAGCCAUCAGAAACCCAGAACACUGCUCAUAUGAAUUCUGUGCAGCAUGCUGCAUCUGCUCCUUUUCAAUCUCACAAACAGCUUCCCCCUGCUGCCUCUUUUCCACUAUCACUUCCUUCUGUUCCUCCUGCUGUUCCUCCUCCAGCUCUUCCCCAGCAAAAUCUGCCACCUCCUGUCCAGCAUUUAAACCAGUUCCCUCAGAGCCAAGCUCCUUCUGUACCUCAGCGAGACACUUACUAUCCACCACCUGGCCAAACUCAAGAGGCUCCAAGUCUGCAAUUCCCAAUGCCUCCUACUCAGCAGCCACAGCCCCUACCUGCAGCACCACCUCAUCAACCAUAUCAACCAGCCCCUCCACCGCAGUAUUCUCAACCACCACAGCCCCUUCAAAUCCAACCUUCCUUAGGCCACCAUCCUGAAGAGGCAUCUUAUGUUCCUUCUCAGACCUAUCCACCAAACCUGCGCCAGCCACCCUCUCAACCUCCCAGCGGGCCUCCUUCCUCCCAACAGUAUUUUGGUGCUAUACCACAAAAGCAUGACCCACCAUCCAGCAGGCCUGGUUCAGGGUUUCCUACUGGAUAUAUCCCGCAAUCUGGGUCAAGUGGGUCAAGUGAACCUUAUGCUUAUGGUGGAUCACCUUCACAAUAUGGAAGUGGCUCCCCAAUGAAAAUGUUGCAUCUCCCAUCUUCUCCUUUGGGGCAAAGUGCUGGAAGUGGUUACCCACAGCUUCCGACUGCUAGGAUCUUACAACAUUCAUUGCCCACGGCAUCUGGGGUUGCUAGUGGAUCAAGUCCUUCUGGAUCUGGGAAUAGGGUUCCCAUUGAUGAUGUGGUUGACAAAGUGAACAGCAUGGGAUUUCCCAGAGACCUUGUUAGAGCAACUGUUAGAAAGUUAACAGAGAAUGGCCAGUCUGUUGACCUCAAUGUGGUGUUGGAUAAGCUAAUGAAUGAUAGUGACGUACAACCACCUAGAGAUGACGCCGAAGACGAUGCUGACGACGACCAGAACUCAAGUUCUGGUGUGGAGGAGAAAGUGAAGAUGUUUAGCCAGUUUUGAAGGGGAAAAGAAAACAGUAGAGGAUGGUAAAGGAAUGUACCUACCUGCUGGAUUGGUAGAUGCCUUUCUUGAUUAGUUCUUGAACCAUAUCACGAAGAAAGAAAGUAAUGAAAGAACAAAAGGACAAUUUCUUCAUUUUCCUUUUAUAAUAAUGUCAUUAAUCCAUUCAGGUCCUCAUAAUUGGCUUAAUGAUGCAUUUGUAGGGAUAGUUCCAGAAAAAAAAAAUGAUAUUUUUGUAG